CGGCGGCCGCGUCCCCACCCCCGGGAGUCUCCAUCUCCAUUUUGGCUGCGCAGGCGGAGACGUGAGCAGGAUCGGCUGGGGAGCCAAGCGGAGUCAGCUCUCCGUGAGAGCGGAGAAGGCUCACCGCACUCUCUCCCUUCCUUCCUCCGCCCGCAGAAGCCGGGGGCGCACAUGGCGGGCCUGGAGGUGCUGUUCGCGUCGGCGGCGCCGGCCAUCACCUGCGCGCAGGACGCGCUCGUCUGCUUUCUGCACUGGGAGGUGAUCACGCAUGGCUACUACGGCUUGGGUGCCGGCGACCAGCCCAGUCCCAAUGAUAAGAAAUCAGAACUGCUGCCAGCUGAAUGGAACAACAAUAAAGACCUGUAUGUCCUCCGGUAUGAGUCUAAGGAUGGGUCCAGAAAGCUCCUCGUGAAGGCUGUCACCGUGGAGAACAGCAUGAUCAUCAACGUGCUGGAAUGUGGCUCACAGCAAGUGUCAGACUUGACCCUGAACUUGAGUGAUUAUAUCGAUUCAGAACACCUGGUUGACUUCCACAGGGCCUACAAGAACAGUGAGGAGCUUCGGUCUCGCAUUGUGUCUGGGAUCAUCACACCUAUCCACGAGCACUGGGACAAAGCCAGCGUAAGCAGUCCCCACCGGGAGUUUCCCCCUGCCACUGCCAGAGAGGUGGACCCACUCCGGAUUCAGCCACACCACCCACGUACCAGCCAGCAGCCUCCUUGGUGUGAUCCUCUGGGCCCAUUUGCUGUCGGGGGAGAGGACCUAGACCCCUUUGGCUGUCGGAGAGGUGGCAUGAUUGUGGACCCCCUGAGAUCUGGCUUCCCAAGAGCACUUAUAGACCCAUCGUCAGGCCUCCCAAACCGGCUUCCUCCAGGCGCUGUGCCCCCAGGAGCGCGCUUUGACCCCUUUGGACCCAUUGGAACCAGCCCGCCUGGACCUAACCCAGACCACCUCCCCCCACCGGGCUACGAUGACAUGUACCUGUGAAGGCCUCAAGAAUGUAACAUCCCAGCCUCCCCUCUACUCUCCUGGAGCUGCCACCGCUGGGCCCAUCAGCAACCGUUUUCAUGCAGGCUGGGGGCAAGGAACUCUGCCCAUGUGUUUGCAGGCCGGCUGGGAUUGCCUCCCCACCCCUCACCAGCGCCAAGGCACCUGCUGCAGCUCUCCAUAUGGCUGCAUAUAGGUCCCAAAGAGAAAUCAGUGUGUGUCUCACCACCAGCUCCUCCCCGCUUCUAGGGGAGACUCCGGCAACAUAUAUCCUCAACCCGAUGCAGUCCCAGUUGCAGCGCUAUAAGAACAGAACGCAUUUUGGAUGUUAUUAUUAAGAACCAAAUGUCAAUACAAAAAUCAUGUUGCCGGUCUCCCACUCUUCUUUACUGCUCAGCUCCUUCCAGUUGUGAGACUUGAGAGUUUGAAUCUUUGAGGGGCUAAGUGACUCUUUUUACCAAGGGCCUGUUCUUCUUCUCAGUCACCUUCCUUUCAUAAAUUGCUCUUGGUCCUGACAGUACUAAGAUGGGUCCCGGUCUGACAACAUGGAUGAAAAUGAGUGACUGGAAACCCCAUAGGUUACAAGGACGACUUUCACAAGGACAGGCAUGUUGCAGAAAGACUGCACCAUUCUAAAAAUGGCAAAAUCCUCCAUUUCUGCUUGUCUGAGCCAAUCCUCUGGGUCUGUCUGUGCCUGGGCCAUGGGAGACUGAGAGUAAAUGGAACAGACCUGGAGGCUAAUCUCAUUUUUGCCACUAACUUAGUGAGUGACCCUGAGCAAGUCCCUUCCCCUCCCAGGGCCAUCGUGCCCACCUACAAAAUCUGAAGUGUGCCUUUCUUACUCUGAAAUCUUCUAUGUCUGCUUCUAUAUAUGGUGACCCCUAGGAACUGGGGCAAAAGGAAAAGAAUGAAGGUUUAAGGCUUUGUGUGGCACUUACCUACAGAGUCUGCAACUCUGUGCCUCUCGUCCACCUCGGGGCCCAGACACAAGCAUAGCAGCAUGGGCUUCACCUGGGUAUGGUGCGGAACUCGGGGCAAGCAGGGAGCCCCACCUCUGGAAGCUGGUGGGGGCUGGGGCGGGGGGGUGCUGUAUGGAGGAGCUCGUGAUGUAAGAAGCAAGCCAGGAAGGCAUUUCACCUUCAGGGAGCCCCAUCCUCUGGAAGCCUGUGCCCUCUGUCCCGGCCCACCUGCCCUUUGGUGUUCUCCGGAUCCUUUUCAGCCCGAGGCCUGACAGACGUGAUCAGUGAUGAACCCCUGUGCUGGAAUGGAAAGAGCACCAGGCUCAGAGGCAAGAGAUCAAGGCACUAGUCGCUCACUCCACAUCUAGCACUUCAGCCACGGGUGGGUCCUUUCCCUUCUCAGCUCCUUGGAUUCCUUCCCCUAAAUUAUUGGCAUAUUAUUUAUCUGUGGGCAGAGGGCCGCCAGAGCCUUCCUGAGGUAUCUGCUAAUAUGCUGUAGCCUGGGACUGCCUGUCUGCUCUGCCCAAGGGUGGGCUGGGGUAAACUAAACAGGCAUAUGUGCCCAGGGUCGGCCCAAGACGGAGGCUGGGCCUAGGUGGGGAUGGGUGAUGAUGGUGAGUGGGCUUCCUGGGCAUUUCUGGCAGACCCCACUUCAAGCACUGAUUUAACCACCUUGAAGCUGUUAGAACAGCUCUGCUCUGAAGAAUGACCCAGAGGUCAGGCAGAAUUGCAAAUGCAGCCAUCAGUAGUAGUCUUCUUCCUCAAGAGCCAGCAGAUGGGUGGAAUGUUUUUGUUUUGAAAUUGGAUCGUCCCUUCUACCAAAAGGGGCAAUUUGCUCAUAAAAACAUCCUUCAUUAUAAAAGGAACCAUUUUAAAGGAACAUCAGAGCAGAAACCAUUAGACAAGCAGGGAUGAUAGAUAACUUUCAGGACACUGAUUCAAGGAAAAGACAAGAUUGAAACAAUAAAUCUACUACUUAGAUUUCCUAGGAGCAGAGGUAGAAAGGAUGGUCAUAUAUAUAAUUCUGUUUUCUGAAAACAGAAACUUUAUAGAGAUUCAUCUGCAGAAUCAGCCAUUUUUGACUGGGUCUCCUUGCAUCAAGGACACUGAGGAACACAGACAUGGGGGAAAGUGAAUGGGGCCUAUAGGAACUUCCAGGUCAAGCUGUCGGUACAUGUUGUAUGUCUGGCCACUUCCCUCCUUCCCAGCCGUGGGUAAUCACCAGGCAGCCAGUGGGACUGGUUCAGGUAUGUGUUUUGUGGAACCUGAAAGGUUGGCGCCUUAACAAUAAAUAAUCAGUACUUAAUAACCUGCUCCUCUUUUUAAAAAAUAACAGCUUUAUUGAGAUAUAAUUCACAUACCGAUAAAGUUCACUUUUCUUAAA